GGCGGACGAGCGGCGGCGGCUGCGGCAGGAGGCGGCCGAGUAUUACCGAGGGCUCCGGGUGCCGGAGCGGAUGGAGGAAGUGCUGAACGCCCUGUUCCCGCUGCCCCCCCAGGAUCUCUACGGGGAGCUGGGCUCAAAGCUUGCUGGAACAUAUAAAUCAUGGAAUAAUAGAAUAUGCUGGGUUGGAAGAGACCUGCAAUGGAUUUGUUUAGUGGUGGAUUUGAUUCUAAGCUCCAGUAAUAUGCAAAUUAGUUGGAAGAAAAGUUAUUGAUGGAGUUGGUGAGCCAACGUUAGAAGUGGAAAUAUAUUGUACAGUUAAGAACUAUGAGAAGAGGAUUUGUUCCAGUGUAAUGGCUACUCAUUCUCAAAUACCAGAAAAUGCUUUACCUGAAACAAUUGAAGCUGAUGAGAGAGAAAGAAAUGAGUCUGUUUAUACUGCUGUGGAAUGGGUCUGUGACUCACUGAACACAAUGUUAAGGGACUUGGACCCUACUGACCAGUGUCAAGCUGAUAAGAUCCUUGGGGAGUAUUUUGAAGAGAAGGUAGAAGAAAGAAAGGAAAUUGAAAGGCAAGAAAAAGAAAUGAGAGAGGAAGAAGAAUCAGGAAAAGUCACUACUUCCCCUGCUUCAGGCCAUUCAGGCGCGACGCCUAAGCAAAAAAAGGGACGAAAAUCAGGAAAGAAGGUGUCAGAAGACACUCCCAUCCCACCUGCAGAGCCUGCUGAGCCAGUGCUGUGUGGCAGCUUGGCCAUUGGGGGAACAUCACUUGCCAUAGCCAGGGCUGGGGCCACCAUCAGCCGUGUCCCACUGUACUUGUACACUGCACUGCUGAAACACAAGGAGACACCUAAAGAAAUUACUUUACCACUCCCAAUGGUUACUGUGUUGUACUGUGAAAAAAAUUCACCUACAAAACUGAAGUUAGUCAAAGAAGUUAUGCUUAUACCACCAGUUGAGUUAUUACUCCAUCAGGGCAUAGAAAUAGUUCUGGAAAUUCAGAAAGAAAUUACAAGAAAGAUAGAGUCUCCAGGCAAAACGCCUGCUUCACGAGCAGAGAGCAGGAGAGGAAGAGGGCACAAAGCUCAGCCAGGACCCUUAAAAAGAUUUUCACACUUAGGCUGCCUGAUAACAGGAUAUGAUAGUCUGGAACAACUGCUACUCCAACUGCAAGCAGCUUGCAACAGUUUAGGUCUGGAGCUGGGAACAGACCUGUACUUAGCAAUAAAUUGUGCUGCUCAUGAAUUAAUGGAUUAUGAUAGAGGGAAAUACGAAGUACUCACUGGAACAUUCAAAAGUCCUGAUGAAAUGGUUGCCAUGUAUGUGGAAAUGAUUAAGAAUUUUCCUUUUAUUACUGCAUUAAUAGAUCCCGUAAGAAAAGAGGACAGGGAACAGUGGAGUAGCAUCUGUCGUGCCCUUGGUUCCAAAUGCUUCCUGAUUGCUGAGGAUGCUGCCACACAAAUUUCCAAACUCAAAACUGACCAAAACAUAAACAUAGCAAUGUGCAGUGGUGUUGUCCUGAAAUACAUUAACCAGACCACGGUGUCAGACCUCAUAGAACUGACUGGAAUUCUGGAUGGUCAAAGACAUAUUUCCAUAUUAGGAAGUCCAGAUAGAGAAUCUUCAGAUGAGAGCCUCGUGGAUCUGGCUGUGGGCCUGGGUGCCAGGUUCCUCAAGUUGGGAGGUCUGUCCCGCGGAGAAAGGGUGGCCAAAUACAACCGGCUGCUGGCUAUAGAGGAGGAACUGGCCGCGAAUGGAGCGCUGCGUAAACCAAAACUUGAAUUUGUUGAUUUUGCUGAAGAAAAGCCAGCACAACUUCCUGAUGUGCUUCCUGCCCCAAAGAAGGUUUAGUUGCCUCCACAGCUCUCAGCCAGCCCUGCAGAUUCACAGCCUGCCUGCUCAGCUCCCAGAGAACAGCACACUAACCUAGGCUGUCAACACCAACUUUGGGAUAAAUUUCUAAGAAAAAACAUUUGCUAAGAAACUUACAUAUUAACUAUUCCUAAAUCCAUUUAUUUUUGAGCAGUUCAGCCAGAUAUCUCUAAAAUAUUUCAAAUACUGGCUUCUCUUUUCCCAGGGACCAUUGCCUUCAGCUGAAACUAAAUUAACUGAGCAGUGACUAUAGUCACUGAAAAUACCACAAAAUUCUGUGCUACGUUUACAAAUUGACAAAACAAAUACUGCUGUGUUAAGUCCAAAACGAAAUGUUUGUUUUGAGAAAAUCAGAAUCUCCCUCCAUACAAAGAGCAAGCUGUUGACAAACAGUAAAAAAACGCCAAACACAAACAGAACACCACAUUUUACAAAAAAACAAAGGCCUUGAGUGUUCUGCUGCUCCAUCCUCCCCACCCCCUCAGUGCUGCUCUGAGAUCCAGCCUGCAAAGAAGAUUUUGCUCCCCUUGUAGCCCUCAAGACAAGUGCAAACCCCAAAUGCUGGGCACAGAGCUGGGACUGGCAUCAGUAGGAAGCCUGCUCCAGUUGGCAGCAGUGAGUAACAAGUCAAUUCCACAAGGUCUGGGAAACUUGUCAGGAGUCUUUUUAAUAAGGAACAAUGAAAAGUUAAAGAAAUAAUUUAUGUUCUAGGUAACAAAACAGUUUAAGUAAAAGAAAUGCUUCUUGAAAAACUUCUGGGUUUUGCAUAAUUUGAAAAUCUGAACAUAUAAUACAGUAGCAAUAAUUUGAGGAAAAAAUACAUAUAUGAAAUUUUGCAUUU